UUUGAAUAUUAUUUAAUCGUUUUGUAAGACCCCUAUUUUCUGCUCUUUCUGUAUGUAUGCUAUUGACCCUUUUCUACCUUUCUCGACAAUCAUUACGCUUAAAUCUGCCCAGACAUCUCAUUCGGAUCUCCGUCAUGACCAUUUCUACUCUGUCUGUUAAUCCAGCCACGCUUUUCAAGACUCCUGUACGAGCUAUCUGGAAUGUGGAAGGCGAAAAUGUACCCACGCUCUGGUGGCCUGCAAAAAACCCUCUCCCCUCCUCAGAGAACAAUGUAGGAGAGCCACACCACACUGUCUUAUUUAUGAUCCCUGGAAACCCUGGUGUAAUUGACUAUUAUACUCCAUUCCUCCAGACAGUGCAUGAUACUUGUGAGGGAAAGAUCGACAUUUUUGGAGCCUCUCAUUUGGGUCAUUCAUGGGGCUCACAUAUUACGGACACUUCCAAACUGUAUUCUUUGGAGGAACAAGUUGAAAAUAAGAUUGCAAUUGUGGAUCAACUCCGGAAAAUAUACCCUGCAGGAACCCGAUUCAUCUUGGCGGGACAUUCCAUGGGUGCCUGGUUAGCGUUGCGAGUGCUCAAGGCUCGCCCCAAUCAUGGGAUCGAACGGGUUUUUGCGCUGUUUCCUACUAUUCAUAGGAUUGCAGACACUCCCAAUGGCCGUAAACUAUCGAAGACUGUACUCAGCCCUUCGCUCAGGACAUUUGCAGGAGGUUUAAUCAGUACAUUACGUUUUAUCUGUUCAGCACCCCCUGUUUUUCAAUCGCUUGUGGGCCUUAUAGCGGGCCAGGAAGCCGAUAUGGCCAAGGUGACCUCCCAGAAAUUGUUGCACAGUUAUACAGUCAAGAAUUGUCUGUAUUUAGGGAAUCAAGAAAUGGAUGCGAUCAAGAUUAUGGAUGAAGAGCUGAUCGAAGAACAUGCUUCUAAAUUCGUGUUUUAUUAUGGCAAAACGGAUGGUUGGAGUCCUAUUGAGAACUAUCAUGAGAUGCAGGAACGGUUUCCGAACGUUAAGAGUUUUCUCUGCAAGCAGAGGAUGGUUCAUGCGUUUGUUUUAGGCCAUGGUGAAGCCAUGGGUCUGUUGGUUGGGGGAUGGAUUAAUGAAAAGAGUAUUUAAAAAAAGAAAAAAAAAAUCCUCGCGAAAGCUAAAUAGAACAAUGGGAAACUAUUGAAGAACACCUUACUGAUUGCAACCUAUGAAGGAAUUUAUAGGAUAGAUUCGUGUGGAAAAUGACGGUAACGGAUGAUUUACUUCACCCUACUCCUGAGUCUAUGAAUCUAUAGCCUAAAAAAGGACAAAAACCAUGCCAUUAUUCCUCUUUGUACUCCCAUCUGGAACAAAAAAAAAGUCUUCGACUGAUCAUUUAUUACCACAUCUGUCUACUCAGAAGCGUAAAUGAUCUUAAUACCUUACACAGGGAACUUCGGGGUAAUAUUAAGAAUGAACUAAAGGAGAUAUACAUGGCGUGUUCAUCAUGUUCAUCAUUCAAAAAAGGAC